AGUACAGAUGCCAAGGGCAAGCCCAUUCUUUCCGGCAGCGACCUGUGCAAUCUCCGCUCUACAAGCCGUCCUAUUCAACAAACAACAUUUGAUGACUGGGUAAAACACUGUUUUACUACCCGAAAACAUAUGCUUUCCCACGUCAGUCUACAAUGCCUUCUGGGCAUCUCCACCAAUCCUGUUCGAGAAAUUUUGUGCAGGAAGUGGCUAUCGGACCUGAAUAUGUGAACGAAAUGCUGGCUCCCUGGUUGCAGCUACAGUGCAGGUCUGGACACGCGGAUAAAGACUGGCCCAAGACAUAUGCGCCAAAGCAUGGAAAGCUUGUUGACGAGCAGGAAGAGUUCGAUGCCAGCGACGAAGCCGUGGAGAUGUUGAAGUGGACACUGCAAGGCUUCCCGAACUUAAAACACGUACGUAUUGACUCUUACCCAAAGAAAAGCGACGAUGAUGCGUGGACUGAAGCCUGGGGAUCGAGGAGAAUCCUUCGCAACAUGGGCUGGGGAGCCUCCGGGAAUUGGGCGGAUCCUUCAUGGGCACUUCGUAAUGAAGGAAAGACCUGUCGCCGUAAAUUACAUGGCCGUUACGCCAAAGUACUCUCAGCGCUGAGAGGUAUCGAAGAUCGCAAAGACUGGACCCUGGAAGUCGCACUGCAUACGAUGCGAUUGCGCUACGAGGAACGACCGUUCGAUAGCUCGAGCUCCGAUUGGGCACGUGUUCAACACCGAGUUACACACUUAAAGUUCAAUUGAAUAUUCGAAAUCUUUGAGAAGCAUUGGAUCGUAUCGUUGCUGCAGUCCGUUAGCGGUAAUCUCAGAUCGCUUACGUUGCUCAACGAGACAGUGCCCAUGUUCCUUCGAUACAAUCAAUUCCCUGCUCUCACGCACGUCGUCAUCCAUAAUGGUAAUAUCUCAUCACC